ACGGGUAAAUACACACAGAAGACCUCAUCGGGAAGAACAGGCUGGGAAAAGCCUUGCGGGAGCGGAAAGAAAACAAAGCAUCUACCGGGCGUUGAAAAAGAAAAAAAGGAAGAACAAGAAAGAGAAAGUGACAUACGGAAGCCGGAAUCCUACUGCUCUCUUCUUCUCUACCGCCAAGAUCUGGCCGUUACCACCCUUCCUUCAUCGUCGGCGAGGAAUUGGACAGUCGGAAAGAUCUCGUAUUUGGAGUUCUAUCUUUGUACAAAGUCUCGGCGGCGAUUUUUAUUUUCUGUUCUUUGGUUUUUUGUGGAAAGAAGCGCGACGAGAGGAGUUUGUUGAUGAUUGAUACAAUUAUUAUUUAAUCUCUGCCUUUUGGUACAUCGGUGCAUCGGCUGAGGACUAGGCGAUUUUGCGGCGAUUUAUGUGAAGAAGAAGAUUAAAGAAGAAGCAGGAGUCCAAUAUAUUGAUAUUUUAGAAGUUGGGUUCUGCUGGAGAAGUUUGAUAUCUGGAUGAGACCAAUGUUGGAUGGUAACUGAUGACACGCAUUUGUACUUGCCCAGGAAGUUUAGCCUCUUCAUUGGAAUCUAGUAUAAAAAGAAACCAGCUAGCAGGGGCUUCCUGCAAGUCUUGUGGUGGUAGAUUCUUAGUUGAUGGAAUAGGACCCUUGUCUAGAAGCAUGCUUGGAACUGUGGGUCUGGAAGUUACAAAUUCAAUCAAUUGUGAGUUGAGUUGGAAAACUGUGAAGGGGAAGCGCUCUAGAAAGUCUGUGGCACGAAACAAUGGGCGUGUAGCCUUGGGCAAUAAGAGUCCUAAAAGGGUUGGAGAUUUUUCUGGAUCUGACUCUGACAAAUUUGGUGAACCUGGUACUGGGCAAUGCUUUCCUGACAAAGCAGAGUACGUGCCGAUUAAGAAAAGGAGAUACUAUCUACGAUCUCCAUCUCCAUCAUUGCGGACCUCUUUAUACAGUGGUCAGUCAGUAUCACCUCAAUUGCGCACUCCAUCUUCACAUUCAGAUGACCUUGAACAUCUUUCAGACCACAAUGGUUCGUCAGGCUCUUAUACAAACAGGCGAGGGUUUGUUGCAGCUCGAGUUGGUAAUGGGGUUAAUGAAGGAGUUGUGAGUGAUAAAGUUUCUGAGGAGACAAGUGGAGAGCUUUAUAAUUCAGAUAACUUCUCUGGUAUUGCUCUUCUUGCAGCUGCUGCCUGCAUUAACAACAUAGAUGACGAUCCUUAUGAAGGUAAGGGGGAUGCAGUUGAUAUUUCCUCACUUCCACAGAGAUCUGAUGCUUCUACUUCCUCUUUGCCAGUGAGAGAAUGUAUCCCUUGUUCAGAGUCGGGGAAACAAAUGGACAAAGAUGCUUCACUAUUGGAUAAUAAGGAGGGAUGCUCAUUAGUUGUGGAAAGUUCUCAUGGUGCUCCUUCUAGUUCAGAGGAAACUGAAGAAGGCAAAUCUGCUAGUUCGAAGAUUGAUAGACGGCAUUGGGACCUCAAUACUUUGAUGGAUGCAUGGGAGCAACCUAACGAGGAUACUUCCGCUCAGUACAAGUGUGAUGAUACUUGUAUUGAUGGUAUGCCCAUGGAGAAACUUGACAAAGAAGGUUCUGUAAUUCAAAGGGACUGUAUAAGUAAUGGAAGUGGCUCUGAAAGUUGUCUGCCUCUGGACCACAUUGAAAGUGCUACUCAGUCUUCUACUGCAAAAAUGAAGGAAAAUGGGUCAGAAGAAUUUUGUCAAACUAGUCAUAGUAGCCUCAGUGGACAUUCAAUGGAACCCGUAAAGUAUUCUCUUGCUGAUGAAAAGGUUUCUAGUCAUGUUCUCGGUAGCAACGGAUCUUUUACUAAUUGUCCACUGUCUGAAUCAUGUCAUUCAUCAGAAGUUUCUGGUGGAAACUUAGACAUAAAAUCUCGUCCUGUGUCUACUAUGAUUCCAGGUGCUGACAGCUGUAGAGAUGCAUCUUCAUUAGCGACUACUUCUGAACAAAAUGUAGUUUUACCUGAUGCUUCGGAUUUGGAAAAGUUUGGGGGUGAGAAUGAUGGUCAACUGAGAGAUCCGGAAGACUCUGAAAAGAAAACUGAAUUGCCUGAUAACAGGAUUGCCCUCGGGCUGGAAAAGUGUAUAGGCACCUGUAAAACUUUGGAUGCUGAAAAUUUGGAAAGUAUUUCCGGGGAGAACACACAUCCAUCAUCCAAGUGUGAAGGUUUAUCUAUCUCAGACAUCUCUGUUGGAGGUCAUUCCACUGUAAUUUCUGAUGCCAAGGGUCAAGAUGGGAAAAUUCUGGCCGCUAAUGAUUUGGGAACUGAUGCUGCACGGUGCCUGGGUUUCAAGCAGCUCCCUUCCAAGGAUGAUGAUCCUCAUGUUCGUGAUGAAGAAGGUGAGGGGAGAUCCAUUUUGCAAGACUCGGGUAAAGGUUUUGUUCUCGAUGAUUGCCACAAUUCAGAUGUUUCACAGGAUGAUCCUGGUUGCAUAAAUGGUAGAGAUAAAAUUGAUGAGCUUCAAGUUGGUUAUGAUUCUCCUUAUGAGGAUGGAGAAUUGAGGGGGUCUGUAUUGUACUCAUGGGAGGAAAAUGAACUUGAGGAUGGGGAGAAUGAAUGUCUUGACUAUGAAUCUGAUGGUAGAGUUGGUGAGGGUUCUGAUAUUGGUGAUAGUCCCAGCUCAAAAGUAGUUGAAGCUGGUUCUGAAGGUUCUCAAGGCAAAGAAAAGAAAGGUUUAUUGGGUGUACAGUCUCAAGAAACUGAUUCCAGGAGGAGUACUUCAGUGAAAAGUUCUUCAAGGGGAGAAUCAAAGGAGAUUAGAGAGAAGAUUGAGACUGCAGGCAAAAAAGUGUCCAAUCAAGGAUCUGGAACUACAGAAGAACUUUCUACAGAUGUGAUUGUGGAAAGAAAUUAUGGUAGUAGACGGGGUCGCACUUCUGAUCACAUGGAUGGGCUUGACGUCAAAGGAUCAUAUGCAGGAGUUGGGUCAAAGACAACCAGGGGGAAGUUGCAAUCACGUAUUGAAGGGCCUUCAACAUUGGAUGCAGUGGAGAGGGACAAUGUUUAUACACUGCAGGGCAGAUCCCGGAACAGUGGAAGUUCAUAUUCACGAGAAAACAGGGAUGGCUGUCCUGAUAGAUAUGUGACAAGGUACAGACCUGCUGUUCAGGAACGUGAACGAAAUGGAGGGAAUAAUCAGUUGGUCUACUGGGACUCAAGAAGCCGUUAUCCGUCUAGUUAUCGUGGUCCUGAAGGUCAGGUACCAAACAGGCAGAGGAGUUCUAUGAAUGAUCCUGUUGAUAAGUUUGGUGGAGUGAAUUCCCAUGAUCACAAGCAAUCUAUGAAUUAUUCUUCACGAACUGAGAGGGAUAGCAGUCCUGAUAGAUUUGCAACGAGGUACAGAUCAGCUGUUCACGAGCGUGAAAGAAUUGGAGGGGAUGGUCAUUGGUUUUACUGGGAGUCCAGAAACCGUUAUCCAUCUAGUUAUCGUGGACCUGAGGGUCAAGGGCAGCCCAGGCCAAGAAGUGUGAUUGCUGACUCUGUUGACAAAUUUGGUGGAUUAGAUCCCCACGAUCACAAGCAGUCUGUGAACUAUUCUUCAAAAAGCAUGCAGAGGCCGCUUGGUUGGAGGAGAUCACCAGUUGACAGGGAUGAAUACCCUGGUAGCCAGAGGAGAAUGGCAGCAUUCAGCAGCAACAGAAACAGGGGAGGUUCCAGAAAUUUCACUGACGGUGUUGGUAGAGGCCCACGGGGGGAAUAUCACCAGCCCAUGGAUGAUGAUGCUGCAUCUUCAGUUCGCAUGCCACAUUAUUUAUCCUGGAAAGAGCGGGGCUUUUUUGCCCCAUCCACUAAAGGUGCUCAUGCAUCUGUACCCCGCAGGGAUUCACGAUCAAGAUCCAGAACACGCUCUCCCCGUGCAUGGCACCCACAGAGGGAGCGUAACCUGGGUGCAAGACGUCAUAGUAGAUCACCAGAUUUCAGGUCUGAAGCUAGAAUGGAUAGAAUGAGGGCUCCAUUUCAGAAGCCCAAUUUUGCAGCUGAUUAUGGGGAGAGUUUCAUGUCCCCGCCUAGAGGCCGCUUUUCACCGCAGCGUAAUUUUAGGGGUCUUGAUGAUCGGAAUUUUGUAGAUAGCCAUUUGAGGCAUCGUAGAUCACCAUUGAAUGUGUUUAGACAGAGCCAAAGAUUGGAAUCUAUUGGUUUAUCUGGACGCUUGAAGUCAGAUGAUUCAUUUAGACCCAUGAUGCGGCCUGGACGAUUUCCUCAUACGGCUGGUCUUGGUAGGGGAUGUAAGUUGGAGGAGAAUGAUGAUGAUAAGAGACACGAUGACAGAUCUGGGAUGAUGCAUUGAGGGUACAACUCUGACUCUAUUGGCAUUUUGAGGAGUUAAGUUAACAUGUGCUACAACAGAUAAUUUGGACGCUGGAAACUCUAAUAAUGAGCAUAAUGUCCGAAGUACUGACCGAAGGUAAUGUACCUAGGCGUGUUAAAGGGGGAUGUCGUUAAGUUAUAACAAUGCUCAGGUUUAUGUUUACGGCCUGUCUCCAGGCUGGUAUAUUUGCCAUCACCGGGAAGAGAAUGAACAUGGCGUGUCGCGAACUGCCUUGUUCCUCUUUGGGUGAAGGCUGCUAGUUAGAAAUUCAAUUCCUUUGAAUGCGUUUUUUUUCCUUUUCCCCCCUUCUUUUUUCCCCUCUUUCUAGGAGGAAAUUUGAAAAAUCUGAUUUCGCUGAUGGGUUGAAGUGUUCGGCUCUCCUUGUUUGAUUAAUGCGCUAGGGCCUUGGUAUUUUUUGCUUGUCAUGGCCCACCAACUCUCUCUCGCUCGAGAUUGUAAUGGGAGGUAGGAUAUGAAUGUUUGAUUUUUUUUAUUUA